AUGACAUCUCCACAUAGCACUAGUGGUGGGUCACCUCCUUUUGCAAGUCCCGAUAGUUUGUCAUCAGAAUGUAUGUCUGUCAAAACAGGCAAGAAAAGAAAGAGUGAGAUAAAUGAUGUCCGACCAAACAAGCGUCGAGAAACCCAGGAAGAAGGAGUUUUGGUGGAGAAGGAUCAAGGGUUGGAGAUAGAAGACGAGAUUAAAGACGAAUUAACGCCUGACGAAAAGAGUGACUAUACAUUUAAAGUAUUUGGAUCGGACGAUGGUUCACCGAGCGAUCCUGCAGAAAUGAAGGACGACAAGGCAAAUUUUCAAGCGGCAUAUGAUGUGCAGUGGCUUUUCAGCACAACUCACUUCCGGCAAACGCCGUCUCGUCGAGAUGGUAUUAAUUCCACUGAAGAGUUGAUCCGUCGAUCGAAAGGCAUCAAGUUCAUACAUGACUGUGCGCACGAUUUAAAACUACAUAAGAUUGUAUUGGCAACAGCCUGUAUCUAUUUUCACAGAUUUUAUAUGCGUGAGUCAUUGGCACAGUUUCAUCAUUACGAUAUAGCAGGCACGUGCCUUUUUCUAUCGUGCAAGACAGAAGAAAGCACUCGUCGACUAACACAUGUAGCGACAAUCUGCGCGCGGAGAGCACAUAAGAAAGAUACAUGGGAUGACCUGAAGGAGAGUGAGAAGUGGAAUAGUACAAUACGAAAGAGAGAGCCAGUUGUGAUGGCGACGUUAAACUUUGAUUUGAGCGUGGAGCAUCCAUAUUUAUUUGUGCUAGCAUUGGUGGAUUCGUUAAAGAUUACGAAGGACAUGGUUAAUAUUGAACACGUUGAUGAUUUCUAUGCAAGGGAUUCGGCUCAGAAGGAGAUGGUUGAGAAAUGGCUUGCUUCGCAUAGUCUUGUGCAAAACGGGCCUAGUGAGAACGAUAAGAAUCAUGAUGCAAGUAAACAUGAGAAUGGUGUCGAGUGUAGGAAUAUUGGACUGAAUACGUCUAACGGAGAUGUCGAUACCGAUGCCGAUGAAUCAAUGAAGGACAUUGAAAUAGUUAAGACAGAAGAUGGAGAAGUGACACCAGUCGGUGCCCUACAAGAGGACAUAAUACAACAGAAUAGUGAUGCCUUGGAAAAGGCUGGCAAGGAAAAUGCGACUGAGAACAAUGGUGAUACAAAGAAUAUCAAAGGUACACGCAAGACUCGAUCAACUAGAAUACAACGUGAUAGUAUUAAGCCUGGCCACGAAGAAGGCGAGGCGACUCCACCAGGCCUUAAUAAUGCUGUCGACUCAUCAAAGUCUAUCGCAGGACGUGCUCCAAAUCAACCUGAUGGACCGGAAUAUGCAAAUUAUAGACAGUAUUUUGCCGAUUGCGAUCCAUCAUCCGAACUAUUUCGAUAUCAGACAUUGGCAUAUGCUAUUGACUAUCUGAAGAACCAAGAACCAAAGGACAUUCUUAAAACACGCGCGUGGGCUCUUAUUGAUAAUAGUCUUUACGGGCCUUUAUGCCUGUUUGUUAAAGCGAAGACUAUCGCUAGUGCAGCAGUAUUCUUAGCGGCCAAGAUGCUUCAGAUUGGCGAACUAACGCCAGAUAAAUCAAUAACGGACAAGUCUUCCUGGUGGUCUAUAUUGGACGACAACGUCAACAAGAUAGCCCAAGCAGCCGACAUGAUGCUGAGUCAAUAUUCAUCUCAUCCAAUUCUCUGCAAGGAACUUGAUCUGUGUGAUAAUCCGAUAGCGUGUGCAUACGAUCCAUUACAUUACAAAUGUACGGUGAUCGCUACUGAUGUAAAGUCGGAAGAGUUCUGGGAAUAUGUUGAUGAAGAAGGAAAGGCUGUUGAAUGGAAUCCGUAUGAAGGGGCUCCGAACAGUUGUUCUACAUUCGCCGCUACAUGA